GCCCUUAAUGCGAAAAAAAGUUGGUUGUCCUGAUUGGCUUCUAAAUAAAGAGGGCUCUGCUGCAGGAUGACAAUAUGGCUGCACAGUUGCUUGCACCUCCAGGCCCCGAUAGCUUCAAGAAGUUCACCCCAGAAUCUCUGGCCAACAUCGAGAAGCGCAUCGCCGAGGAGAAUAAAAAGAAGCCUGUCAAGCCCAGAUCUGACAGCAGUCACCGCGAUGACGAUGAUGACAACAAACCGAAGCCCAACACCGACCUGGAAGCGGGGAAGAGCCUGCCCUUCAUUUACGGGGACAUUCCUCCAAAUAUGUCGGCCGUCCCCUUGGAGGACUUGGACCCCUUCUAUUUUAAUAAGAAAACCUUUAUAGUGCUUAACAGAGGGAAAACAAUCUUCCGUUUCAGUGCCACACCCUCGUUAUAUAUUAUUAGUCCUUUUAAUCUACUGAGGCGAAUAGCAAUUAAAAUUUUGAUACACUCAUAUCCUUUUCAAUGCAUCAACAUGAUCAUCAUGUGUACUAUUUUGACAAAUUGCGUAUUCAUGACAUUCAGCAAUCCUCCAGAAUGGUCCAAACAAGUAGAAUACACCUUCACAGGAAUCUACACUUUCGAGUCCCUCACAAAGAUUGUGGCUCGAGGUUUUUGUAUAGAUGGUUUCACUUUUCUCAGAGACCCCUGGAACUGGCUGGAUUUCAUGGUCAUCUCGAUGGCAUAUGUAACAGAAUUUGUGGACCUCGGGAAUGUGUCAGCCCUGAGAACCUUCAGGGUUCUACGAGCUCUCAAAACUAUUUCUGUCAUACCAGGGCUGAAGACCAUUGUGGGUGCUCUGAUCCAAUCAGUGAAAAAGCUGUCAGAUGUGAUGAUUCUGACUGUGUUCUGUCUCAGUGUAUUUGCCCUCAUCGGCCUACAGCUGUUCAUGGGGAAUCUCCGGCAAAAGUGUGUCAUCUGGCCAGUCAACUCAACUGAAACCUACUUUGCUAAUGGGAGCAAGGGCUUUGAUUUUGAUGAAUACAUCAUGAAUGAGACAAACUUCUACUUCCAGCCUGGCAUGCUGGAUGCACUGAUAUGUGGAAACAGCUCAGACUCAGGACGGUGUCCAGAGGGCUACAUUUGCAUGAAGGCCGGACGCAACCCAAACUAUGGCUACACAAGCUUUGACUCCUUUGGCUGGGCUUUUCUUGCUCUCUUCCGACUCAUGACACAAGACUUCUGGGAGAAUCUGUACCAACUGACUCUACGAGCUGCGGGGAAGACAUACAUGAUCUUUUUUGUACUGGUGAUAUUUGUGGGGUCGUUCUACCUGGUAAAUCUGAUCCUGGCUGUGGUGGCCAUGGCUUAUGAGGAACAGAACCAGGCCACCAUAGAGGAGGCUGAACAGAAAGAGGCAAAGUUUAAAGCCAUGCUGGAGCAGCUGAAGAAACAACAGGAGGAGGCACAAGCAAAUGCUAUGGCAACCUCUGCAGGUACAGUAACUGAGGAUGCUGUAGAGGAUGACGGGGGAGGACAUCUGUCCCGCAGUUCCUCUGAAGUGUCCAAGCUGAGCUCCAAGAGUGCCAAGGAGAGACGGAACAGAAAGAAAAAAAUGUGGAAAGAACAGGAGGAGAAGGGUGACAGCGAGAAGGUGGUAAAGUCAGAAUCUGAUGAGGGCAGCAAGAGGAGCCGCUUCUUUUUCCGAGACAACAGGCUUGGGAGGAAGGCCUCAAUCAUAAACCAGUCACUCUUGAGUAUCCCCGGCUCGCCCUUCAUGUCCCGACGGAGCAGUAUCCUAAGCUUCAAGGGUUCAGAGAAUGAGUUUGCGGAUGAUGAGCACAGCACAGUGGAGGAGAGCGAAGACCGCCGCGGCUCCCUCUUCGUCCCGUACAGGCGCAGCAGCUACAGCGGCUACAGCCAGGGCUCCACACGCAUCAAUCCACUGCCCCCCAACACAGGGUGCAAGAGAAACAGCACGGUGGACUGCAACGGCGUGGUGUCUCUGAUUGGGUCUGGGCAUGGACGGCUACUGCCGGAGGUGAAAAUAGAUAAGGCAGCUUCUGAUGACACGGGCUCGACCACAGAGGUGGGGGGUAAGAGAAAACACUCAGGUUCUCUUAUGGUGUCAGUAGACCAGCUGAAUACUUCCUUUAGCCGGAAAGAACGAGCUAACAGUGCGAUGACUGUUGUCACCAACACACUGGUGGAAGAACUGGAGGAUUCUCAGAGAAAAUGUCCGCCAUGUUGGUAUAAGUUUGCCAACACGUUCUUAAUAUGGGAGUGUUGUCCACUCUGGAUAAAAAUAAAAGAGAUUGUGAACUUGAUAGUGAUGGAUCCAUUUGUAGACCUGGCCAUCACAAUAUGUAUUGUGCUGAACACGGUAUUCAUGGCAAUGGAGCAUUAUCCAAUGACACCACACUUUGAAGAGGUGCUUUAUGUGGGAAAUCUGGUGUUCACAGGGAUCUUUACAGCUGAAAUGUUUGCAAAGCUGGUAGCCAUGGAUCCAUACUAUUACUUCCAAGAGGGCUGGAAUAUCUUUGAUAGCUUCAUUGUUAGCCUGAGUUUGGUGGAGCUGGGGCUGGCUGAUGUAGAGGGGCUAUCUGUGCUCAGAUCCUUCAGAUUGCUGAGGGUGUUUAAGCUAGCUAAAUCAUGGCCCACUCUGAACAUGCUAAUAAAGAUCAUCGGUAACUCAGUAGGAGCUUUGGGGAACCUGACCCUGGUGCUGGCCAUCAUCGUCUUCAUCUUUGCCGUUGUGGGCAUGCAGCUGUUUGGGAAGAGCUAUAAAGACUGUGUGUGUAAGAUCGCUGAGAGCUGCGAGCUGCCCCGCUGGCACAUGAACGACUUUUUUCACUCCUUCCUCAUUGUUUUCCGGGUGCUGUGCGGAGAAUGGAUUGAGACAAUGUGGGAUUGUAUGGAGGUUGCUGGACAAUCAAUGUGUCUUAUUGUCUUCAUGAUGGUGAUGGUCAUUGGAAACUUGGUGGUGCUGAACCUGUUCUUGGCCUUGCUGCUCAGCUCUUUCAGUGCUGAUAAUCUGGCAGCCACAGAUGAUGAUGGUGAGAUGAACAACCUGCAGAUCUCAGUGAUUCGUAUUAAGAAGGGUAUCGCUUGGCUGAAAAUUAAUGUACCGCUCCUGGUGGCCCACGUCCUGAAGAAGAAGUCUCUGAAAGAUGAAGACAAACCUCUUGAUGACAUGUAUGAAAAGAAACUCAACAUCAUGGGUAACCACACUGGAGUGGACAUCAGAUGUGACCUGAACUACCACAAGAACGGUAAUGGCAUUGGCAGUAGCGUAGGAAAGUACAUAAUUGAUGAGGAGCCCAUGUCCUUCAUACACAACCCCAACCUAACAGUACGGGUUCCAAUCGCUAUGGGAGAGUCAGACUUCGAGAAUCUCAACACAGAGGACUUCAGCAGCGAGUCGGAUGUGGAAAAUAGCAAAGAUAAAGUUUUGGAUGACACCAGCUCUUCAGAGGGAAGUACCAUUGACGUAAAGCCUGAUGAGGAAGAAAUGGCUGUAGUGGAGGUGGUGGAGGAGUACUUGGAUCCAGAGGCCUGCUGGACUGAUGGUUGUGUGGCACGCUACAAAUGUUGUGACGUGCCCAUUACUGAGGGCUGGGGAAAGUACUGGUGGUUUUUGAGGAAAACCUGCUACCUUAUUGUUGAGCACAACUGGUUUGAGUCACUCAUCAUUUUUAUGAUUCUGCUCAGCUCUGGAGCUCUGGCAUUUGAGGAUGUGUACAUUGAACAGAGGAAAACCAUCCAGGUCGUUCUAGAAUAUGCAGAUCGAGUCUUUACUUACAUCUUCAUCCUGGAAAUGUUACUGAAAUGGGUGGCCUAUGGCUUCGUCAAGUACUUCACCAAUGCAUGGUGCUGGCUGGACUUCUUCAUUGUGGAUGUGUCUAUAGUCAGCCUUAUAGCUAAUGCGCUGGGCUACUCAGACUUGGGCCCCAUAAAGUCCCUGAGGACUUUGAGGGCUCUCAGGCCCUUGAGAGCUUUGUCCCGGUUUGAGGGCAUGAGGGUUGUUGUGAAUGCUCUGGUGGGUGCCAUUCCCUCCAUCAUGAAUGUGCUGUUGGUGUGUUUGAUCUUCUGGCUGAUCUUCAGUAUUAUGGGUGUCAACCUGUUUGCUGGAAAGUACUACUACUGCUUCAAUCAGACUGAAGAAAGUUAUUUUAAAGUUGACGUGGUCAACAACAAGACAGAAUGCUUUGCACUCAUUGAAGCAAACCACACAGAAGUGCGAUGGAAGAACGUGAAGAUCAAUUUUGAUAAUGUGGGCGCAGGAUACCUGGCACUCUUGCAAGUGGCCACAUUCAAAGGGUGGAUGGACAUCAUGUAUGCGGCUGUGGAUUCUAGAAGGGUUGAGGACCAGCCUGUCUAUGAGGUCAACAUCUACAUGUAUAUAUACUUUGUCAUCUUCAUUAUCUUUGGCUCCUUCUUCACUCUGAAUCUCUUCAUUGGUGUCAUCAUUGACAACUUUAACCAACAGAAGAAAAAAUUUGGAGGUCAGGAUAUCUUCAUGACAGAAGAACAGAAAAAGUACUACAAUGCAAUGAAGAAGCUUGGCUCUAAGAAGCCCCAGAAACCCAUUCCUAGACCACUGAACAGUAUCCAGGGGAUGGUAUUUGACUUUGUCACACAGCAGGCCUUUGACAUUUCCAUCAUGAUACUCAUCUGUCUUAACAUGGUAACCAUGAUGGUAGAAACAGAUGACCAGUCAGCUGAGACGGAAAACAUCCUGUACUGGGUCAACUUCAUAUUCAUUGUAGCCUUCACUGGCGAGUUUGUUCUGAAACUCUUUGCUCUGCGACACUAUUAUUUCACCAAUGGCUGGAACGUCUUUGACUCCGUUGUUGUCAUUCUGUCUAUUGUUGGUAUGUUCCUGGCAGACUUGAUUGAGAAGUACUUUGUGUCACCUACCUUGUUCAGAGUAAUCCGUCUUGCUCGAAUUGGCCGCAUUCUGCGUCUCAUCAAAGGAGCUAAAGGCAUCCGGACAUUGCUGUUUGCCUUGAUGAUGUCUCUUCCUGCUCUGUUCAAUAUUGGCCUGCUGCUUUUCCUAGUCAUGUUCAUCUUCUCUAUCUUUGGAAUGUCUAACUUUGCCUAUGUGAAGCGGGAAUUGGGAAUUGAUGACAUGUACAACUUUGAAACCUUCGGCAACAGCAUGAUCUGUCUCUUUAUGAUCACUACAUCAGCUGGGUGGGAUGGUCUCUUAGCCCCUAUCCUGAACUAUCCUCCUGACUGCGACCCUGAGAAGGAGAACCCAGGAACCACAGUUAAGGGCAACUGUGGCAAUCCCUCAGUUGGAAUCUUCUUCUUUGUGAUGUACAUCAUUGUGUCCUUCCUGAUUGUGGUAAACAUGUACAUCGCCAUUAUCUUGGAGAACUUCAGCGUUGCCACUGAGGAGAGUGCUGAUCCAUUGUGCGAAGAUGACUUUGAGUCGUUCUAUGAAAUCUGGGAGAAGUUUGACCCAGAUGCUUCGCAGUUCAUCACCUUUGCCAAGCUGCCAGACUUUGCCGAUACGUUAGAACAUCCUCUCCGUGUGCCAAAGCCGAACAUCAUUGAGCUGAUCGCUAUGGACCUGCCCAUGGUGAGUGGCGACCGCAUUCACUGCUUGGACAUUCUUUUCGCCUUUACCAAGCGUGUGCUUGGUGACAGUGGUGACCUUGACAUGAUGCGGCAGCAGAUGGAGGAGCGCUUUGUGGCAGCAAAUCCCUCCAAAGUGUCAUACGAGCCUAUCACCACCACACUGCGCCGUAAGCAGGAGGAGGUGUCAGUACUUGUGAUCCAGAGAGCAUACCGUGCCCACCUGGCUCGUCGAGGCUUCAUCUGCAAACGUAGGUCUGCCAACAACAAACUUGAGAACGGAGGGGCCAAUCAGGAGAAGAAAGAGGGCACACCUUCCACUGCAUCCCUGCCAUCUUAUGACAGUGUAACCAAGCCUGAGAAAGAGAAGCAAGAUGACAACAAUGAAGGAAAGGGCCGUAAGGAGAAAGGCAGAAACCAAAAACAUGUCAAGGAGUCCAAGUGUUAAGACUGCUGCGGUAAUGCUCAUGGACAGUAAUAACAAACAUGACAAUAUAAUAACAAAACUGUUAUUUCAAGCGAAUGGAAACCCUAAAUCAAACUAUACUGAUGUACAGAUUAAUUUAAUUUAAGGGAAAAGUAAGGAACAAAAAAAUGUGUUUACAAACAUCACAGGUGUAUUGAUACGAGGAAAAGCAUUGUGGUUCCUCAAAGCUUGAAGACUCUUCAGAGUUAAACCAAACAUAAUCAGCUUCCUGUGUGACACUGUUGCAUCAAGACUAGAUUUAAACGGAAUCAAAUAUGAAUUUAAAAAGACUAAUACUUGAUCACGUGUAUUUUAGAGGGCUAUAUUGUGCUUCAGUAUGGAACUCUUCACCAAGCAGGAAUGUGAUAAUCCAAGGGAACACUAGGAUCCGCAGUGUGGUGCUCACCCUCCACCCUUAGGAUCCCAUGCUUACGAACUGUGGCGGAAAAUUUUACAUCCAGAAAAUAAACACUGCUAUUCACGAAAGAAUUAACUUUCUAAAGUGGAUGUUGAAGGAGUCUGCACCGUUUCAUUUCUGAAAUAUGUGUUAGAACUCAAAAUUGUUGUGAGAGUAAGCAUGAUAGAGAUGAGUGUGAACAAAACUAGAGUCUGGUUGAUUCCAACGGUCUCUUUGCGUUUGUUAGUGUCGAAUAUAUUUUACAUGGUCAUUACAUUAUUUGAGCGGCAAAAAAAAGGAGUAACAGGAGAAAACAAUGAAUUAACAUUCAAAAUUCUGCCCAUGUCACCCUCAGUAACUGUGUCAUGAUAACUUUGUUAUACCUGCAUCAAAAGGCUUUUUCUCCAUGGGCUUUCACUGAUAGGACUGGGGGCCCCAAUACACAUCUCCAAAUGAAUAAUAAAUUAUUGUGCUUGUUCAGUGCAUAGAAAUGACUUGCAUGAUGGCAUGUUUUGAUCAGACAUUUUGCAUGAGUAUUCCUUGUCCACAAAACACUUAUACAGACCUCCACAGUGGCUUGACAAUGUUUUAGGCGGUCCACUGGCUAAAUUUACUACCAGAAAUUGAAUAGAAUUUGAUACUGACAACAAACCGAAUUGGCCUAAGAUGAUAAAUUACAACUUCUCCUCUAUUUACCAUUAUGAAGUACAUUAUAGAACAGACUUUGAAUUUGGGAUUGGCCAGGGGCAAAAUGCCUGUGACCAGGGGCACAUUACUGGAGAAAAAGGGAAAUCCCAUUUUUUGCUGCUCAGGAGAUAGUGAAUGGGAAAUAUAAAUGCUGGAUUGUUCUAUGUAUAUGGAAAUGAAAGGAAAAUGGUACAAAAAUUAACACUGUAAUUUCUAAAGCUUCUUAUUUCAUUUGUAUGCAGCAAUAUCGCUUACCUCACCUACAGCACUGCGGGUCAUUUGGUAGGAGGGUCCAGGGAGAGUUGGAAGGUAGGGGGGAAGGUUUGGGCAUUAUUAUUAUGGGGUGUAGUAAGUUGGUUGGCAUUUUUGAGAUGAGCUAUAACCAUCUCUGUGAAAGUGGCAGUUUUUAUUUUCGAAAAAUAGAACUAUGAUCUUUUUGUUUUUAUAAAUUUUUUUUUUUUACAUGUAAUUACUUUAUAGUUUUGCAAUAUGUCUUUAAUGUGUAUAUUAUCAUCCUAGUUUGGCCCUUGGGGAUUAACAACUUUUUUUAAAUCUGUGUAUAAAGCCAUCACAUCUUCAGCAAUGGUUUGAUUGUAGCCAGGGCAAGGACAUAUGUCAACAGAGACAGAUUGAUGGUCACAUCUGUUAUAGGAGAGGUCAAAGAUGUCAUGUUAUCAUCUGAUGUGUGCAAUUUAUGUCUGGAAGUUUCUGGAAUGUCUGGACAAUCUGGACAAUCCUCUCCUGUUUAAUGCUUUCAGACAGACUGAUGCUUAUUUAGUUUCCCCAUUUUUCUCAGGAUACAACACAGAUGUAUCAUUGUGACUGAUGUCAUCAACAAGGGCCUUAGUGUUGGGCUCAGAGAAUGUUUGUUAUAAGGCAUGGGGCAACAGUAGGAGCGCUCCCAUCACAUUGAACUCUCAUGUAGAGAGAAGAGCAGGGCUGUCUGACAGAGCUAACAUCAACCAACUUAUGUAUGUGAAAAAUGUAUGAGUCAAGGUACAGGUAUUUCAAGCAGUAAUAGAAGUAAGCAAAGUACUGUUGGAGGAAUCUGGAUAGUGAAUAGUGAAUACCCCCGGUUAGCCUUAUUUAUCAUAGGUAAACCACUACACUAAUGCCAAAUAACCAUUAGAUGCUGGUCCCACAGCAGCUAACUGUGAGCCGGGCAACUCCCAUAUUAGAGCUACUUCAUUUUCUGUAUUUUAGUUAUGUCAAUAUGUUGACCUGAACCAAAAGAUAAAACUCUCCUCAGCUAAGUUCAAACCAUUCUCAUUUAUACAGCAAUGCAGGCUAGAGUGUAAAAAAUGAAAUACAUAAAAAUAAAUUACAGAUCUUAUAUUAAUUUAGAAACAAAAAUUAAUGAAACGUGAAUUUAAAAAAAAUAUAUUGUACAGUACAGGUUUAUGUUAUAAACAGCACAAAAUGCUGAAAGUUAAGAAUGAACUUUUUAAGAGACUAUAAAUAAUGUAAUAUAUGAUUUUAUUUUAACAGCAUGUAUAGUUUUUUUUGUAAAUAGAGAAAUACAUACAAAAAAAAAAAAACAACUACUGCUAUUAAUCUAAUACUGAAAAAUUAUUUGAACCUUAAUAGAAUGGCUUCACUCAUUGCCCUGGUCUCACUUGGAAGACUGACAUAUUUGUAGAAGGUGCAGAUUUUUGAGACACUUUUCACAUUAAAGAGGGGAAUCCAAUGUGUGUUAAAAGCAAAAAGUAUAUAUAAAUCUAUACAUAAAUCAAGGCAUAUCAGUAGAGUUAUACUACAUAUGUUUCUAUGUAUACAUGUAUAUGGACAUAUGUGUAUAUAUAUGCACACAUAUGUAUGUAUAUAUAUAUGAUUUGAGAGCAAUGUCCUCCUCAUGUUGAACUCUGCUUGGAGUGGAGGGGAUGCACUACUGGCUGUCAUUUGCUCACACUCUUAUUUCUUUCUUGCAGUACAUUCACUGAAUGACCAAAACUCUGGCCUGGCCUACACAGUGUGCUUGCGAGAAAGGGUGCAUGUCUGUGUGGGUGGUGUGUGUGUGUGCAGGACCAGUUUUCAAUGUAAGGUGAUGUACUGACUGCUCGCUAUGGCUUAUGUUGCCUGUAUUUGGGAGGGGAAUGCACUACAAGCAAUUAAUUUACACCUUGUGAAAAUGUAAUGUCUUACCAACUCAGAACCCUUCCACCAAACAAGAACUGACUCACAUAAUUGCACCAGAUGGCACGUUCUUCCCCCAUAAACCCUGUUUUCAUCCUCUGGCAUAAUCGCCAAAUGCCAUGAUCUUUCAGUCCUAGUCUGAGAGAGAGAGCGAGUGUGAGUGUGUGUGAGGUGGGGUAGGGGGAGUGUGUGUAAACGUUUGGUCACUUUAAAUGUGUGUAUUGCAGCUUAGCAUUUUCUUUAUCUCUUAGAUACACAACAAUGCAAUUUGCAAUCUUAGGUUUGGUUAGGCUUUAUAUUCUGCUUUUCUUGUCUUUGUUUGUUGUUUAAGGUGCCUUUUGCUGCCAAUUUUGUUUGUUGAAAAUACAGAUGAUGUUACAUAAAAUUAUCCUAAACAAGUGGAGCUUGUUUCAAAUGAGCACUGGGAGAAAGAACUGAACUAAAGAAUGUCUGUGACAUCUAUAAAAGCAAAAAAUGAACAACAUUUUUUUUAAAGAAAAUAAAAAAAGAAAACUUAACUAACAUCAGCCUGACUUCAUCAUCAGAGAUUGUCCAUUAGCAUGGGGUGGAAAACUGGAGUGCCGAUCUCUUAAAGGUUGAGUCUGUAGAGAGAAACAGUUUGCCUUCUUUGCUCAGCUUCUGUUCCUUUUCACUUCUUUUAUUUUUCUAAAAAUAAUUAUUUCUGUCUAUCCUUUUGUAGCAUGACUAAGUUGCUAUUUCCUUCAUUUGCUGACAAUAAUUCAAGUGUUUUUUGGUUCAUAAUGUUGCUCUUAUCUCUUCCCACUAAUGUUGGAGAGGAGAGGGUGUGUUGCACAACCACUUGACUUAGUGAGAAUCAGUGAAAAAUUGUCUUCAUUUGAGCACGAAACCUUUUCCAAACAAACAAUAAAGCAGCCAUCCAGUUACUCCAGAGUGCUUGUGCUUUCCUUUUUUUGUUGUGGAUAUGGAACAAUAUGAAUGUAAUUAAUGAGGGGAGUUAAGGAGGCCUGGGUAACUCAGCGAAUAAGGACAUUCACUCUCACCCCUGGAGUCAUGAGUUCAAAUCCAGGGUGUGCUGAGUGACUCCAGGAAGGUCUCCUAAGCAACCCAAUUGGCUCGGUUGCUAGGGAGGGUAGAGUCACAUGGGGUAACCUCCUUGUGGUCGCUAUUAUGUAGUGAUGGGAAGAUCAGAUCAUUUUACUGACUUGGAUCUUUAUGUCUCAUUCAGCAAAAAUAACUAAUCUUUGUUCAAGAAAUGUUGUUCAUUUGAGCAGAAUUAAAUUAAAAUGUUACAUUUUCAAUAGCCAAAUCCCGUUCCAACACAUCUACUUACGCAAACUUUGAUUAUAGUUCCAAUAAGGAUAUAUAAUGCAGCCAAGGACAAAUUAUAAGAAUCAGAAAGAUUAGUUCACCUCUGUAUUAAAUCUUCUUGUCUGAGUCGUUUGUUCUUUUGUCACGUGACAGCCGUAUGCCCAAUGUGCAGCAUAUAUGGCUGUCACAUGACAAAAGAAUGAACGACUCUGACCAAAAGACUUGGACAAGAACUUUACAGCCGUUUAAUAGGUAUAAGAUUUUUCUGUGAAAUGCCUUUAUUUAUGUUUUUAUUUUUUUCCCCAUGACAUGUAUGGUCAUAUGUACUCUUGUAU